AUGGAUGAUUCUAAAGAAGACCCUGCCGCUGUGUUUGCGAUACCUGACUUCUGGAAGUCGUCAAAAUGGUUGCAUAACUUGAAUGGCGAUCCUAAUGCGAAAGAUCCCUUCUUUUCGCCUGGACUUAGAGAUGAUAUAGAUUCGGAUCUGGUCCAGCUGGGCAAAGUCUCUGUCGAAAACAGCGGCUUCUUCAAACUACCCACACAGUUUGGACUUCAAUUGGAGCCGGAGCCAGAGACUGAUGUUACCGCCAGUGAUGAUGGACCGGUUACUACAGAAAGUGUGCAUAGCCUGGAGCCCGAGGCCGAUAUCUGGGCAGGUACAGAUGAGCCAGUUGACCAACCGGCCGAGCACAAGACUUGGGAUGGCUUCAUCGCCGGUACACCGGCGGGAAGACAGCCGCUAAUGGUCAGCGAAGCUGGAGCACCUGUCUACGAUGCCUUGCUAAGCUGGUCUAUUGAUCCUCUCGAGCUUAAAAGCGCUGGAGUGCCGGUUGUCGACAUCAAAGCCUACCUGUCCUCCUUACUUGCUUUAGCCCUAGGCCAGGAAUCAGUGUUCUUCUCAAAACAGGAGGGAGGCCGCUCCUUUAAAACAGCGAUCCCCAGCAUGAGAGUCACAGGCUAUUCCAAGGAUGUACUUCGAGGAGUGGAAAAGCAAUGCCACAGGUGCAGUUCGAUGUUUUUUGAACUGCGCUCUUUCGUCAACUCUACCUAUGCAAAACGCACUUCGAAGUGUGGUGUUGCUCUAGCUGGUGCUAUAGAUCAGAUUCUCAAAGACGUCCAGCGAUAUGUUGCUCUCCAUGGACAGACCCCUCGAUCUCUCUUGGAGCUUCAGUCAACUGUCAAAGGGCUUCUGGCCAUUCUUGUUCCCUUCCAACGGCUGACCUCCAAGUUUCGCAAAGGUUAUUCAGACGAACAUGUUCUCUCCUACGUGUUUCACGAGGCAUAUUCCGUUGAUUACGGCGAAGAGCAGUUGCGUGGAAUUAUGCGUGAAGUUUUGCAACGCGUUUCGUCCCCUUGGAUCGAGUUCCUGGAAGAAUGGAUUGGGACCAGGCAAGAAGAAGGCAUUCCGUUGACGAAGGCCAAUGUGGGAGGUAGCAAAGGGUUCAUCAAGGUCGACACGGAGAAAUAUACGGAUGACUUUGGUCACGAGUGUGAAGAUAUCGACUUCCGCUUGGACGACAGCAAGAUGCCUCAUUUUAUGCCCUUUGAUAUUGCCAAGUCCAUCUUCGAAACGGGAAAGAAUCUGCGGUUCAUUAGAGAAUGUCAUCCAGAGCACCCCUUGGCUUCGGCACACAUCAUCAAUGCAACUAAGCCCCCAAAGGUUGGGUGGCUUUAUGAUUGGGACGCUAUUGAAGACUUGGAGAAACGAGUCACCAAAUAUCAUGAUGAUCUUUUGCGGGCGAUUCGCGACUGCUCACCUCAUCAAGAAGUGUCGAUGUCAGAAGGACUCGACCAUACUAUUGGACAUGACAACAAAUCUGGUGGCGAGGAUCACAGAUCAGAAAAUCCAUUUCUGAGGGCUCUGACAGCACGCAUGGACGAACCCCUUCCCGAUGUUGUGGGCAAAGAGGAUACGUUAAGUCAAAUCCUCCGUGAACGACUGGUACAAUCUGUCACCCGAAAGUCCAAACCUCCUACUAGCGGCUUUGAUUUCACACCCCAUCCAUCACUUCUUCCGGUGCUUUCAUUUGGAGGCAUUACUUCAGCUCAAUCAGAAGUCGUUAACCAGGAAAGUCUUCGGUUACUAUUCAACAACCACGACUUGCGUAGCCACCUCAAGAUGCACCGCGACUUUCAGCUCUUCGGGAGUGGCAUGUUCCUUAGCCGCUUAUCUCACGCCUUGUUCGACCCCGAUUUGGAAUCAGCCGAACGACAAGCGGGAGUUGCGCGGCAAGGAGGUGUCAUGGGUCUUCGUCUGGGUGGUCGAGAUAGUUGGCCACCAGCGAGCUCAGAGCUGCGUCUAGCCCUCAUGGGGGUUCUGACUGAGAGCUUUGAUUCGGAUAACGACUUCGCUGUGAACAGGAUGACCAGCAUCUCAAGAGACGCAUCUGAGUUGCCGGGUGACAUGAGUUUCGCGGUACGAGAUCUAUCGCAAGAGGAGAUUGACAAAUGCAUGAACCCGGACUCCUUGGAGGCUCUGGAUUUUCUGCGUCUAUCAUAUAAAGCGCCCACCGCAUUAUCGGGAAUUAUUACUCCUGUCAUCUUGACACAGUACGAUCGGAUCUUCAAGCUCCUGUUGAGGAUUAUGCGGAUGGUUUACGUUGUGAAUCAACUGUUCCGGGAUGUCAAUGCCAGAACUAGUCGUUGGGCUGAUCCCGAGGACAUUUCAUUCCGGUUCACCCGUGAGGCGCAUCACUUUGUUUCUGGCAUUACGUCCUUCUUCAUGGAUGCUGGAGUCGCUAUCCCAUGGCAAGCAUUCGAGGCCAAACUCGACAAAAUCGAGGCCGAUUUGAAGAACCCUUCUAAUACGAAGAGCAACCCUGAUAAAGUUGAAAGCCCUGAUCGACUACGUGAGUUCCAUUCGAGAGUAUUAGAUCGAAUCAUGCUGUCUUUGUUUCUUCGAAAGAGACAGCAGCCUGUACUGAACCUUCUUGAGGAGAUCUUCUCUGCUGUUCUAGAGUAUGCAAAGUUUUCUCGGAUGAAAGCUAUAGGGAAGAACCAAGCUCCAGAUGGGGAGGAGAUGAAAGAAAUGCAACGUCUGUACGGGAAAUUCAAGACCAAAGUACAGAUCUUCAUCACAGUUUGCCGAGCUCUGACAGAGAAGAGUCGUUCCACGAGUAACAAGGUAUCAGAUGAUCUGGGAUUAAAGCAGGAGGGCAUUGGCGAGGACCAUAUGGUUGCACAACUUUUGAUGAAGUUGGACAUGAGUGACUAUUAUACUAAACACUAG